CUUGGCAGGUGUAACUCACCUGUCCCUUUCUGUACAUGCACUACCAAUGUACUACAAUGUACAGACAUUCCUGGUGAUUGAACGUGCAGGAUGAGUUACCCUGGCACUGGUGUACACAAUACAUGGCUCCCAUUGUUGGAAACGCUCAACACUGCGGAUUGGAAUGUCUUCUCAUUGCUUGAUAUGAACGCCAGUCUUUUUUGUUGACUGUAAUCAAAAAUAUGACGGAGGGUCCAACUUUGCCGUCUUCAUCAUCCCCACCGGAUGGGCGUGUCCAGAAGGAGGCAGCCAGUUUCGCAACACUGGUUCGGAAGGCCAAGCAGCAGUGGAGUCACCGAGGCAUCAUUGAGAUAGACCAGCAGCACCGGUUGUACAAUGUCUCCCGAUGCAUUCAGAUGGGGAUGAGGGGUUGCAUUGAGCCACACCCUACCUCUGAGGUAGAAAGUGUGACACACCAGGAGGAGGACUAUCUUGAAGUCACAACACAAAAGCACUUUGAGAAAGAUAUUAAAAAGCAAUUUGAAUUCUGCUGCUACGCUCCCAAGGUCUUCACCUCCUUGCGUGCCUUGGUUGGGAUAACAGACACUGAAUAUCUGGAGUCCCUAGCACCCUCCGGUUCGCCUGUACCCUGCCUGGAAUUCAUCACCUCCUCAAAGAGUGGUAUGAUGUUCUUCUUGUGCAACAACAAAGCCUUCAUAAUGAAGACAGAGAAGUCGCAGGACAUCGCUUUCUUGAGGAGUCAAUUCCUGCGUCGCCUUGUCGGGCAUUUUCAUGACUUCCCUCAUUCACUGCUGGUCAAGAUCAUGGGCUGUUACUACAUCAAGAUGAGUGGCAGUAAAGGGCUUUAUUUUACAGUAAUGCAGAGUGUUUUCUACCCUGAUGAACGGAUAACAGAAAGGUAUGACUUGAAGGGUUGCUCAGCCAGUCGCUAUGUUCGACCCUUAGAAGAAGGAAGCAAAGAAGUCAUUGUUCUCAAGGACAAUAACUUUGAUGGAAGAAAGAUCAACAUAGGAGCCCAGGCAUCCUGGUUCCGGAGGCAAGUUGACAUCGACAGCAGGUUCCUAGAAGAGCAAGGCAUCAUGGACUACAGCCUGCUGCUUGGCAUUCAGAAACUCCACGCCGACGAAAAGAAGACAUCGGAUAAGCUGGCCGACGUGGUGUCCAGAGCAAGGAGGUCAAUAAAAUCCGUGUCCGACAGUCCCAGUAGAGUGUGCCCUGACUGUGGUGGCAGAUUCCCCACAUGGAACAGGCGAUCCAACAUCCAGAACCAACAGCCUGCCAGCCAGCCCACCAAACUGCCUCAGGCCCAAGAAACCGACAAGACGGGCGACAACACUGAGCGAAUGGUUCAAGAAAUACUCGAUAUCAAUGUGAGCAGUGACAGUCAACAACAUGCGAGCGGCAGCGCUGGUCACCAUCGCACAGCAAGCGGAGAAGUUAGGACAGGAACACGUCACUUAGGUUCUGCAGGAGAUGAAAUCGGGAACGAUACAACUGAGCAGACACAUGGCAAGGAAAUGGAAGGGGUCACAACAACUGGGGGCGAAAAUGAAAGAAACUCUCUCCCAGGUAUGGUAGAAGAUAAUAGGAACCAACCAGAGCUUGACGUACAGGGCACCCGUACUUCCCAGCUUCAACACUCUUUAAAUUUGGACCCUAAAGCCCUGCAGAACUUAAGCACAAACUACUGUCAAUGCACCAGCCGAUUCCAACUUGACAAGUGCAACGAGCGCAACCAAAGAUUACUCCCCGACACGGCGAACCCCCUGCAUAUCAUCGACGGCGACGAGGAUCGAUAUUUCGUCGGCAUCAUCGACGUCCUGACUCAGUACGGCAUAAAGAAAAAGAUGGAGUACCUGUACAAGUGCCUCAGGUACCCGACGGAAACCUUCUCGACUGUGAAACCUGAACAUUAUGCAAAGCGUUUCAGAGAACUAUGUAAUGAAAAGACUGAGCAGAAAACUAGUCCUGAAAAGGGCCUAACUGUGUAAAAUGUGUCUUUCAAGCCAUUUGAUGAUA